AUGAAAGCCUCGGCAGUGUUCUCAGCAGCCGCGUCGCUGUUCGCGACUGUCAGCGCCCAUGGAGCCGUCGACAAGUAUAUUGUAGGCGACACAUCAUACGCUGGAUGGCUACCAUACAACUCCGCAGCUGGACAGAAGAGUAUCCAGCGACAAUACCCAUCCUUUGACCCUCUGUACAUCAAGGACCUCUCUACUGUCAACAUCCGAUGCAACAACGCAGGCGUGCUGGGCACCGGUCUCACUGGCACCAUCGCCGCAGGCGCCACACUGAAGACACACUGGGCGCAAUGGACUCACCGACCGACGUCGUUUCUCGUCUACAUGGCCAAGUGCCCGGGAUCCUGCAACAGUUGGGACGGCUCUGGCAAAGUCUGGUUCAAAAUCUACGAGCAAGGCCUCAUCUCCGGCACCGAAAACGCAGGCAUCUGGGCCGGCGACGCCAUCCUAGACACUCUCUACGCCACCGUCACCAUCCCUGCCACACUGGUGGCUGGUGAGUACCUCAUCCGACACGAGCUCAUCGCCGUGCACCAAGCCAACAACCCCCAAUUCUACCCAGAAUGCGCCCAAUUCACCGUGACGGGCUCCGGCACCGCAUCGCCGCCCUCGUCGGUCCUCGUGUCCUUCCCCGGCGCCUACUCCGCGUCCGACCCAGGCAUCGACUUCAACAUUGACUCGCCCGCCGCCAAGACCGCAACGUCGUACCCGGUUCCUGGGCCGCCCGUGUGGGACGGCGCAUCCGGUGGUACUGCGCCGCAGCCGCAGCCGUCGUGCCACGCCUGUGCCGUCGGCAUCGGCCGCGCCCCCGGCGACCUGCCAGGUCCAGAAGUAUGGCCAGUGUGGCGGCAAGUCGUAUACCGGCUGUACGGUCUGUGCUAG